AAAAAAAAAAAAAGUUACACCUUUGCUCUUUCCUGUCAAAAAUGACCAGGAGGACCAAAAGUAGGGCUCAUUUAUGAAGACCAUUGGAGGGUUAAUAAAGGCAUGAAAACAUAAUUGUUUUUGUGUUCCAUGUAGUCGCCAACGAUUGCUGUCGCUCAUGUCGCCAGAAGUCGCUAGCUCUCAAAUGAAUGUGAUUAGGUCGCUGUUGUUAGUCACUGCAUGUGUGAACGGGCCUUAAUUAAGUCUGUUAGUAUUGUUUAUUUAUAUAGUGCUUAUUUUUUAUUUCUGCAAGUUUCAUGUGACAGAAUUGGAGAGAAAAGUCAGAGGUAGUUGUUUAGCCUGUCACCCGUCUUCAUUUCUGAAUUCAUCAGUUCAGUUUCCUGUGUGUGAGAGCUUCUAACAGAGCACACAGAUGAAGAGUUUUCCAGAAUAGUUUACCUGAUGAAGCUGAAAGAGGAAAGUCAAGAACUGAAUGAAGUGGAGAAACUUCAGUAUCAGAAACCUGAACAUUUUGUUAGUGCAGAAAAAUCUGUCAGUUGCUCACAGACUAAAAAAAAAGUCUUUCACAAAAGAACUCGAGCAAAAACAAAAAAACAAUCUUUCAUCUGCCCUCAGUGUGGAAAAAGUUUCCUACAUAAAGGAAACCUUAAAAGCCAUUUAAGAAUUCACUCUGCAGAAAUGCCUUACACAUGUCAUGAGUGUGGAAAGAGUUUCAGACAUAAAGGAAACCUUAAUUUACACAUGAGAUAUCAUUCAGAGAAUCUUUUCACGUGCCAUCAGUGUGGCAAGAGUUUCACACACAAAAGAAGUCUUGAAGCGCACAUAAGAUUUCACACUGGAGAGAAGCCUUUUACCUGCCCUCAGUGUGGCAAGAGUUUUGCACAAAAAGGAAACCUUGAUUUGCACACAAGAGUUCACACUGGAGAGAAGCCUUACACAUGCCAUCAAUGUGGAAAGAGUUUCACACAAAAAGGAAGCCUUAAUUUACACAUAAAAAAUCACUCUGGAGAGAAGCCUUUUACCUGCCCUCAGUGUGGCAAGAGUUUUGCACUAAAAGGAGACCUCGGUUUACACACAAGAGUUCACACUGGAGAGAAGCCUUACACAUGCCAUCAGUGUGGAAAGAGUUUCACACAAAAAGGAAGCCUUAAUAUCCACAAAAGAAUUCACUCUAGAUAGAAGCCCUUUCAAUGCCUCCAAUGUGGAAAGAGUUUCACACACAAAAGAAGUCUUAAUUUACACAUAACAAUUCACAUGGGAGAGAGGCCUUUCACAUGCCUUCAGUGUGAUAAGUGUUUCACAAAUACAACAACCCUGAGAGCCCACAUCAUUCAGAAGAGAAAUUACGCCACUGUUCUCAGUGUGGCAGGAGUUUUUUGCAGCUGUCCAAUUUUAAACAACACCAGUUAAUAAAUACUGGUGUGAAAGCUCAGGUGUGCUCAGAGUGCAGUAAAGCCUUUGCCCAAAUCAGCACCUUGAACAACUUGAAACAGCAUGAAAGGAUUCAUACGGGAGAAAAACCUUACAAUUGUUCACAUAGUGAGAGUAGUUUUGCUCACCCAAAACACCUGAAACACAUGACAAAAUGCAUACUGGAGAGAAGACAUAUGACUGCACUCAAUGUGGGAGGAGUUUCUGCUCGCCAAGUACUCUACGGAGACAUUUAAGAACUGCCCAAAGUUGUCACAGUGAGCAAACUUUAUUUUGAGAAUUUUCCCUGCGUUCCAUACGGGAUAAAUCCGCCUCCAAAAGGGACUUCAAAGGGACAACAAUCCUGAAUGCCAUGUUGAAGCUGAUGGGCUCAUAAAUAGCUGCUUUAAAGGGGCUUUAAAAUUAACGUUUCCAUAGUGCUCAAUUGAUGAGCCUCAUUCCCGCAUACAGUCCCGAUACUUUCCUCUUGAACUUCCUAGAUGAGAACUAUUAAGAGGAACGGGACACUCAGACUUUUCACUCUCUUGCAUUUGCACACACAAAGGACCAUUUUUCUUCUCAUGAUGUUUGCAUGCGCGAUUCAACAGCAACAUAACCACCGAUGGAGGACGCCAGGAUCGGAGCUACACUUUUAGGACUGUUUUACACAAACUGUGUCUUCAGGAUACAAUCUUUACACUGGGUGCGAGAGCCAUGCAUGCGAUUCUGCAUCCCUAAAGCUGCAGUGAGAGGAGAGAUGAGGUGCUCGAUCAGCCUAUUUUAACCAUGCAGCACAUGCUGAACUGAGCAGUCAUGACCGCCAUGUUUAAGGGUUGUUCCAAACCGAAGGGCCUUCAAAAUUAAUGUUUCCGUAAAGUUCAAUUUAUGGAGACUUUGCUACCAUGCAGACCGGAACCGGACCAUACGUCAUAAUUCUGUAGGUGUGCUAAGUGUAAUGUAAAUUAAACCAGUUUCAACUACAAAGAAACUCUGGAUCUAAAUAUCAAAACUGGUGACAUCCCUGCAUCUCUGUGGUUUAUAAAAGCUUUUCAUUAUUGUAAUGAACUUUUUAAAUAAUUUUUAAACCCCUGGAUGUUUGAUGAAGCUCACAUUUCUUCAUAAGGCCUUAAAGUUUUAAAACAAUUAUUUUUGCUUUGCAUGCUGAAAGCAGUUAAGAGUGAGGCAAAAUCAUGUUUAAAUAUUUCUGAUUAGGGUAACAGUGUCUUAUUUGACUUGGAGAGAUGACGUUAAAAUGCAUUCCGAUUAAACUAUAUUUUUGAGCCCAACACCGUUCGGCCCAACAAAUCUCUCACUCUGGAGGGAAAACCUUUCAAAGGAAUUACAGCAUUAAUUUUUAGGGGUGAUCUCUUUGGAAUGGAACGCAACCUUUGUUAUGUGAAAUUUGCGUAGCUUCCAAAGACUAUAGUAGUAAUAUGGUGUAGGAAGACAACAACUCUUAUAGGAUGGAUAAAAUAAGAACAAUAGGUUAUUUUGGUCAUACCAAUAUGCCUAUUGUCAGAGAUGUUAUAAGGAGGAGAUGGGUCAUUCCUAUACAAAGUAAUGGGAGAAAUCUUAAAUGCUAAAUGUGGUGACCAGUAGGAAUGGAAUACAGUUAAAAGAGCCAAUUAUGAUUUUUAAUAGAGACAUUGUCUGUCUGUUAAUUGAGAAUGUGCAUUAACUGGACCAGAUUAUGAAAUAGUGUUUUUGUUUUUGUCUUAGCAUAAUUUAAGAUAAAGAAGCAGCUUUUAGAAAUACCAUUGUUCCCAGAUUUUAUUUCUCAUUUGAAAUAUGUUGUGAGCAACCUAGUCUCAUAGAAUGAACGUUACUAUAACUACAUUUUUGCAAACUGACUUUAACGUUCUGCGUUAAAUGUUUCGCCACAGUUUUCUGGUGAGAUGAACAAUAGAGGCGCUACAACAGCUGUGCGUUUUCACACAAAUCACAAGUAUAAUUGCCGAUUAUGACCAUAAAAAAAAAGUAUUUUUCACUCACAUUUACUAAAAUGCAUCAACUGAAAAACUAAAGAUUUUGAUGCAUGUAUUACAGACAGCAGCUGAUAUAUUAUUGGCCGAUAACCAGGAAAAUCGAAACAUUAUUAUCAGGCAGAUAAUGGAAUUGCCGCCGAUAUUUUAGCCGAUAAUUUGUUACGGUUUAUUUACUUGCGGCUGAAAUUCUCUGACUGCCUGCGGCGUCUUUCCUUCAGGUAGAGACUCGGGCAGUCUCAAGCGACAGUGAGCAUACACAGCGUGUCUCUGUGAGUGAGAGCGAAGCUUAUAUUGCUCUGUGAGAAUCAUCUCUGCACCUUGUUACGUUGUUUUGGGGCUGGUUUUAGUCAUCUGUUGUAAGUAACGAUGGCAUUUCCCAUAUUCAGUUAGUUUCAUGAGGCAAUAUGAAACAUUUUUACAAUGCAUUAUUACAGCUGUUUGAAGUUUAUUAUUCUCAUUAACCUAUUAGUCCGACAUGCAAAUGGUGUUAUACCACAUCUACCGUAAUUUGUUGUUGUGGGUUCAGACACAUAGUAUUAAUGACACGCAGUGACACAGAGGAGCCUUUGUGAUGCCUGCUUACUCUAUUUUUAAGCAGAUGAUAGAAUGAAGAAAUACAGAAUCUCAAAGGUCUUUCUUCAUUUAAAAUAAGAACUUGUGGGUAUAAUCGGAGAGCCUUAAAAUAACACAUGAAAGUGAAGAAUUCUGAAAGAAAUAUUUUACUAUUGCAUACUAAUAAUAUAAUAGAAUAAAAUAUAAUUGCUAUUCUUAACUGGGUUCCAACAACAACAGUGUAAAUGCAAAAUGGACCAAGGCUAAAUUUGACCAAAAAAAGAGACAGACAUUAAGUAUUUUGAAAGUUUUAAAGCCUUUAAGGAAAUCAUGCAAAUGUUAAAUAUGAAUAAGGUUAAGGUUUAUGAAGCACACGUACACCUAUGACAAAUGUAUGUCCAAUAAUCAUACCCUAAAGCCCUAAACAGAUAAUUAAUCAUAAUCGUGAGAGCCUGCAAACAGAUAAUUAAUCAUCAUAAUCAGAAUUAUUUGUUUGACAGUUAAUCAUCAACCAAAUUUCAUAACAGUGACAGCCUUACAUUCAUUAAAUUAAAGUGAAUGGUGACUGAGACUAACAUUCUGCUUAACAUCUCAUUUUUCGUUUCACGGAAGAGAGAAAUUCAUCCAGGCUUGAGGGUAAGUAAUGAUGACAGAAAUGUAAUUUUUUAAUGAACUGCCCUUUAACUACAUGUCAAAUUAUUUGUUAAAAGUAUGUAGAAUUAUGUGUGUUUUUAAUUAUCUCUAGUCUGUAAUCAUUUCUAAAUUUUAAAAGUUGCAUCUGUGUGAAAUAAAGGGGC